CAUGAGUGAAGCUGAUACUUAUUACUUUUCUUCUCAGCAAUUCUUUUUUCACAGUCGUCUGUAUGUCGUAUUUUUGUUGCAUGCAGAUCUUACACACAGAAGAGGUCGUGAAGUCUGCCAUGAACUUCUGAUCUUUUUCAUUCAGCUUCUUGAAUUCUGGUUGGACUCGAGCCUGUGCUGUACUGAAAUCAGAGCCGGUUUACACAUGAUGAUGAGGCUGUGGAUACAUUGGCUGGUUUUGCUCUGGGCAGCGCAGCUUGUUUUGGCUCAGCUGGAGGAUUUUGAUGAUGAAGAUGAAGAUCCUGAAGAUUUUGUAGAAGACAAUAGAAAUGGAAGACGUAAAAGUAAACCAAUCACCUCAAAUAUCAUCCCCAAAAACAAUGAUGAGGACUGUAAUUUGGAACUGGCAUUUUUGGUGGACAGCUCUGAAAGUGCCAAAGACAACCAUGGCCAGGAGAAGAGCUUCAUUACUAACCUUGUCAACCGAAUCCCGAACAUCCGUCUCCAAACGGGCCAGGGCUUGAACUUCAGAACGGCUCUCCUUCAAUACAGCAGUCAUGUGAUCACCGAACAGUCCUUUAAAGACUGGAGGGGUGUGUCCAGCUUCCAGAGCCGCGUCGCCCCCAUUCCCUACAUAGGGCACGGCACCUACACCACCUACGCCAUUACCAACCUCACCCGCAUCUACCUGGAGGAGUCCGGCCCGGGAACGGUCAAGGUGGCCAUCCUGAUGUACGGCGGUGCCUCGCAUCCCAAGAAUCCUGAUAUUUUCUCUGCUCUAGCUGAUGCGAAGAACCAAGGGAUUAAAUUCUUCACAGUAGGUUUCACAUCCGCGGCCAACAUGGAGCAGCUGCGGCUUCUGGCCAGUCCUCCAGCCGGCCGAUACGUGCACAACCUACAGGACGAGGGCGUCGUGGACAAGAUCAUCAAAGAGAUUACUGAAGUGGUUGAUGAAGUGUGUCCUUUUUCCCCAAAAUGUACUUGUGAGAAAGGAGAGCGAGGACCCAGUGGACCCGCUGGUAAAAAGGGUCGUCCUGGAGAUGAUGGAAGUCCAGGCCCUAAAGGUCAAAAGGGGGAGGGCGGUUUGAGCGGUGCUCCUGGACGAGACGGGACAGAGGGGAAAACUGGAUACAAAGGAGAAAAGGGUGAGCGAGGUGAGUGUGGGACACCAGGAGUGAAAGGAGACAGGGGUCCUGAGGGUCCUGUUGGCAUCAGAGGAAGUCGAGGGCUGCAAGGUUUGUCAGGACCGAAUGGAGAUGUUGGACCUGAAGGCCUACCAGGCAAAAAAGGCGAGAGAGGAUUUCCCGGACCCCCAGGGAUACAGGGAGAGACUGGCAUUGGACUUCCAGGACCAAAGGGUGAUGUGGGCUUUCAGGGAAGAAUGGGUCCUCCUGGGCCUCCUGGGCUUGGCGAGCCAGGUUUACCGGGGCCACAGGGGCCACAAGGUUCGCCAGGAGAAAAGGGCCCUCCAGGAGAGGGUUUUCCAGGACCAAAGGGAGAGAGGGGUCUGGAGGGGCCAAAGGGACCCCGAGGACCAGCAGGUACCGCCAUUAAAGGAGACAGGGGGGACGUUGGUUCUCCUGGCCCUCCAGGACCAGUUGGGCUAACCGGAGCAGGAAUACAAGGAGAGAAAGGUGUAGAAGGACCGCGUGGACCCCCGGGAAGCAGAGGACCACCGGGUGAGGGCUACCCUGGACCAAAGGGUGAUCAAGGUUUACCAGGUGAGAGCGGUGCACCAGGAGAGAGAGGAGCAGGUGAACCGGGAGCUAAAGGGGAACCUGGAGCUCCAGGACUGUCAGGAUUACCAGGUUUACCAGGGGAGGACGGAGCUCCUGGACAGAAAGGAGAACCAGGGGCCACUGGCUUGAGAGGUGCUGAAGGAGCAGCAGGAGUGGGCAUCCAGGGUGAAAAAGGUGAUCAGGGUCAGAGGGGAAUCCGUGGAUUAGCAGGUCCGCCAGGAAUUGCUGGACCCUCAGGGUCAAAAGGAGAACCUGGCACCCCUGGGCGACAGGGAUUACCUGGGCUACCUGGACGGGCAAUAUCAGGACCAAAAGGUGACAUCGGCCCAUCAGGUCCAUCUGGUCCAGUAGGAGAGACUGGAUAUGGACUUACUGGACCCAAGGGAGAUCGCGGUGACCCGGGUCUUCCUGGUCUGAGUGGUUUGAAAGGGGACGGAUAUCCUGGUCCUACAGGCCCUCCUGGUCUUCCUGGUCUUCCAGGUGAACCAGGUCAAGAAGGCAUAGGAAUACCAGGACCAAAGGGUGAUGUUGGCUUCAGAGGUUUACCAGGCCCACCUGGACCUCCAGGGGAAGGACUGCAAGGACCACCUGGCACCAUGGGAAGACCAGGACCUUCUGGGCCUACUGGACAACCAGGACAAGGUAUACAGGGUUCAAAGGGUGAUCAGGGGUCACAGGGAGUGACCGGGCCAAGAGGACUUCCUGGAGAAGGAAUGCCGGGGUCAAAGGGGGAUCGUGGAGCUCAGGGUGAGAGAGGGGUUAAGGGAGUUAAAGGUGAUAUGGGAGAUCCUGGUGUUCCUGGACAAGGAGGUAGACCAGGAAUCAAAGGAGAAUCUGGGCUGACGAGAGACGAAAUAAUCCGAAUGAUCAGGGAGAUUUGUGGCUGUGGAGUCAAAUGUAAAGAGCGUCCCAUGGAGCUUGUGUUUGUGAUUGACAGCUCUGAGAGCGUCGGGCCUGAAAACUUCGAGAUCAUUAAGGACUUUGUGGCGGCGCUGGUCGACAGACUUACCAUAGGCCGCAAUGCCACUCGUGUUGGCCUGGUUUUAUACAGCCUGGAAGUCCAGCUUGAAUUCAACCUGGCUCGCUAUACAACCAAACAAGAUGUAAAACAAGCCAUCCGCAGAGUUCACUACAUCGGCGAGGGCACCUACACCGGCUCUGCCAUCCGUAAAGCCACUCACGAAGCCUUUUACAGCGCCAGGACGGGAGUGAGGAAGGUGGCCAUCGUCAUCACAGACGGACAGACAGAUAAACGGGAACCUGUGAAGCUGGAGAUCGCUGUCAGAGAGGCGCACGCUGCCAACAUCGAGAUGUACGCUCUGGGAAUCGUAAACAUUAGUGAUCCCACACAGAAAGAGUUUCUCCAGGAGCUCAAUCUUAUUGCAUCGGAUCCUGACAGUGAACAUAUGUACUACAUUGACGACUUCAACACAUUGCCAGCUCUGGAGUCCAAACUAGUCAACCAGCUCUGCGAAGAUGAAAACGGAGCUCUUAUCUUCAGCCGCAUUAAUGGUUUUGAAAACGGAUAUGGUCUGAACGGGAACCGGAUCAAUGGUAACGGCGGGCAUAAUUACGACACCAUCACAUAUGAAGGCAGCAGAGAAAACACAGGAUCACCGUCUGCCACCAACACUGUGAUCACUGACAGCGGGAGAGGAGACACGUUUGCUGGUCCGGACAUUAAACCGGUGGUUGAGCGUGUACCUGAGACGCCAGAGACAGAAGGAGCUCCAGCCGUUACUGGGACAUCCACACAUAGCAGACCUUCAUCCGGGACAACAACAUCAUCAUCGUCUGUGAACACAUCUUCAGCUUCAGUGCAGUUUAUACCAGCACCACGACCACCGUUACCUAAAGAGGUUGUGCUUUUGGACCCCCUUUGUAAGCUGCUCCUGGAUCAGGGUCCUUGUCGGGAAUAUAACAUUCGAUGGUACUACGACCCACAGGCCAACGCCUGUGCACAGUUUUGGUACGGCGGCUGUGAAGGAAACCGUAAUCGAUUUGACACAGAAGAAGAGUGCAAGAAGACGUGUGUGGUCGUGAAAGCAGGCGGCUGAUAUCCAUGAUGGACUAAUUUACCUUUGUCUGUAAUUCCUCAACUCCAAUGGACCUGCACUGAAAUAAACAGAUGUUAAAGAAAUUAGUUGGACAUCUGCAAGAAACAAGAGUGGUCCUUCUUUAUAUUUAGCGGCCUUAACUACUAUGUACUUAUAUGUAAAUUAAUCAUGUAGUACAAUACUUAUUUGUAAUAAUAUUAGUAAAAUAAGAAUAUUAGUACAAUACUUAUGUGUAAUAACAAUGAAAUGACACAUAGAGGAAGUUCUGAAGUACUGAAAUGUAUUUAAUACUUUAUAUAAAAGGCUUUUUUGGUGACGGCAGCUGAAAGACACCUCUCAUAUGGAGAAUGAAGUUUUUCACAGACUUCAACAGAGUGUCAAAAUCUUGAUGGUUCUGUGGGUCUCGUCUAUCAAAUCUGAGCUUUAUUUUGUAUUCCAUAUUGGUUUCAAGUCAGGUGAUUGACUGGGCCAUUCGCCAGCUUGAUUUUCUUUCUCUGAAACCAUUCGAGAGUUUCCUUGGCUGUGUUUUGGAUCACUGUCUUGCUGAAAUGUCCACCCUGGGUUCAUCUUCAUCCUCCUGCUAAUGUAGAUGUUAGAUGUAAACUGAAGAAAGGCAGAGGAUUUCUGAAGAACUAAGAGGUUUCAGCUGCUGUCUGGGCUUUCACUACCUUUCUACACCUCCCUUUCUUCAUGUGUUCAAUUCUUUUUUUUCUGUGUCAUUGUAUUUUAUUUUAUUACACGUCACUUAAUUUGUAAUCUAAUUAGUUUUCUUUGCAUAUAUGGAUUUCUUUGGUUGUUACCAACAUCCGGUGAAAAUUUCAAGUCAACGGCACCUUUAGAAAUAUGUUUUCUGAUUAAAAAUGGUGACGUGUUCAAUACUUAUUUCCCCCGCUGUAUAUUUACACUGUUGACUUAGCCCACCCUUAACACAUCCACGAACAAGUGUUGAAAAUUAGCAAGUCUAAAACACUUAAACAAUUGCAUUUGGUUUGUCCAGUGUAAUUGUGAUCUCCAUUUAAAGAAAAAAACUAUAAAUAAGUACAAAAAUUAAACCUACUCAAACCAAAAACACCAAAAUUGUAGUGCCAGAAGUGUUGUGCAAUACAAUAUGAACACAAUAAGAACAUCGUAUACUUAUUUUUUAUGCAAGUAUCUAGUAAUUAAGGCCACUUAAUAUAAAGUGGGAUGGCUUAUCAACAAAGCACAAUACUUUCACGAAAUUUUGCAUCCUGUCACGAAACAAAAAUGAACAGGCAAGUAUGAAAUAUAUGACAAAUGUAACGUGUGAUUUUUGAGAACCAGUGUUGUCAGUAGCAGUGUUAGACCGUUUGUCAUUUUGUAUCUUGUAUGUACUUUUUUAAAAUAAAAUAUUUUAUAUGUGGAUAACUAA